AUGGCCGUUGGAAAAAACAAGCGUUUGUCGAAAGGCAAGAAGGGUAUCAAGAAAAAGGUCGUUGACCCCUUCUCCCGAAAAGACUGGUAUGAUAUCAAGGCUCCUUCUAUGUUCGACACCAGGAACGUUGGAAAGACUUUGGUCAACAGGUCCCAGGGUCUUAAGAACGCCAACGACUCCCUCAAGGGCCGUAUCAUCGAGGUCUCCCUCGGUGACCUCAACAAGGAUGAGGACCAAUCCUUCCGUAAGAUCAAGUUACGGGUUGACGAGGUCCAGAACCGUGACUGCCUGACCAACUUCCACGGCAUGGAUUUCACCUCUGACAAGCUCCGCUCCCUCGUCCGCAAGUGGCAAACCCUCAUCGAGGCCCACGUCGACGUCAAGACGACUGAUGGCUACCUUCUCCGUCUCUUUGCUAUCGGUUUCACCAAGAGGAGACCUACCCAGGUCCGCAAAACCACUUAUGCCCAGACUGCUCAGGUCCGGGAGAUUCGCCGAAAGAUGUUCGAGAUCAUGACCAAGGAGGCGACCAGCUGUGACUUGAAGGAGCUCGUCCAGAAGUUCGUUCCUGAGGCUAUUGGACGUGAGAUCGAGAAGGCUUGCCGCGGUAUCUAUCCUCUCCAGAACGUGUACGUCCGAAAGGCCAAGAUCCUCAAGGCGCCCAAGUUCGAUAUCUCCAAACUUCUCGAGCUUCACGGUGGAGGAAGCGAUGAGACUGGCGCGAGGGUGGCGAAGGACUUCAAGGAGCCGGAGAUCCUGGAAUCCGUUUGA